AUGCAGAAAUGGGGACGUUUUAUGUCCCCCUACUCCUUCCCCAGGUACGUGGCCACCCCCCUGGCCGGGCUACUCAACGUCAAGGAGAAGAUCAGGUUAAAAGCCACCCCCAAUGCCGUGCUGGAGAAGUUUUACGCUGCCACCACCAAACACCCCAAGCAGGCCGACGUGGAGAUGCUCUCGAAGAAGAGCGGCUGCACGGUGCGGCAGGUGGAGCGCUGGUUUCGCCGCCGCCGCAACCAAGACCGGCCCAGCCUGCUCAAGAAGUUCAGGGAGGCCAGUUGGCGAUUCACGUUUUACCUUAUUGCUUUCAUUGCUGGCAUGGCUGUCAUAGUGGAUAAACCCUGGUUCUACGACCUCCGGGAGGUGUGGAAGGGAUACCCCAUCCAGAGCAUGCUGCCUUCCCAGUACUGGUACUACACGAUCGAGCUCUCCUUCUACUGGUCCCUGCUCUUCAGCAUCGCCUCCGACGUCAAGCGCAAGGACUUCAAAGAGCAAAUCAUCCACCACGUCGCCACCAUCAUCCUCAUCAGCUUCUCCUGGUUCGCCAACUACAUCCGUGCAGGGACGCUCAUCAUGGCCCUGCACGACUCGUCGGACUACCUGCUGGAGUCCGCCAAGAUGUUCAACUACGCCGGCUGGAGAAACACCUGCAACAACAUCUUCAUCGUCUUCGCCGCCGUCUUCAUCGUCACCCGCCUGGUCAUCCUGCCCUUUUGGAUCAUGCACUGCACGCUGGUUUAUCCGCUGGAUCUCUACCCUGCCUUCUUCGGCUACUACUUCUUCAACUUCAUGAUGGUGGUGCUGCAGUCGCUGCACAUCUUCUGGGCCUACCUCAUCAUCCGCAUGGCCCAGAAGUUCAUAACUGGAAAGGUGGUGGAGGACGAGAGGAGCGACCGUGAAGAGACAGACAACUCGGAGGAGGAGGAGGAGGCGGCGGCAGCGAAGAACGGGCCCCUCUCCAACGGCCACCCCAUCCUCAACAACAACCACCGCAAAACCGACUGAGCGCCCUCGCCCCGUCUCUGCGCUGGCGGGGGCGGCCGGGGGCCCCGCCGGAGGCCAAACCCGUGAGAUGUCAAAUCCCACCGAUGCCACCCUCGCGUAGCGCCAAGGUCCCCGUCCCCUCCAUCCUCUCCCCUCCCCGGUCCAGCAGAGCGAACCGGGACCCCGGAGAGCCCCUCUCCGCCCCCCCCCCCCCCUCCCCCCGGGG